AGCCGCCCGCCGGCCCAGCACUUCCAGCGAGCGGCGAACGAAAGGGCCUCGCGGCACAAGGCAGGCGGCUCUUCCCCCGCCCGGACGGAGCGGAGCCUUUUGUUCCCAGCCAGAAGUUUGCGUGCCGUGACAGCUGCGGGCAGGGAGGACGACGGGGCCGCGGGGCCCGCAGCGCGGCGGAGAAUAGAGGCGGCUGCUUGUCAUGCAGCCCACGGCACGGAGGCUGCGGGCGGGGGACUGGCGGCGGCGGCGGGGGAGGCGGCGCCCACAUCACUCGGGACUCAGCUGCCAGAGGGACCAACUAACUUCCUGAGCGCGGGACCAGAGGCCGGCGCGGUCCGAAACCACCUGCCCGACUGCGGUGAGGUGACCCUGGCCCUCGGGGCGCGCGGCAAGCUAGGGAGGAACGGGUGGUGUCGAGCAAGCCCCUCAGCGGCCCCUUGGCCGCCGCUGCUGCAGCCUGCCAGCUUCCUAAAGGCCCGGCGCGGGGCUCUCCACGCGCCUUGUUUUGCGGCCACGGUGUAGGUUUGGCCUGGAAGCCGCAACAAUGCCAUGAUGUUUUGGAGACAGGAAACCCCAAACUGGCCCGGAACGAAGGACUUCCUGUGUUUAAAGUUGCAGGAAUAUCCGCCGACCAGCCCAGUUCAAAUGCAAACACCCCAACUAGAGAAGACGAAGGCCUAAUUCAGACCAGCUGGACGCUCCAGAACUGGAAUAGAGGAUAAAAUGAAAGGAAUUCUUAGCUUGGGCCAUACUUGAGGACUGGAGACUUUGGCAUUGUUAUUACAGGACAAGGUAUACAUUCACUGCUUCCAACUCUGCUUUGGUGAAAAGUGAGUGGAACUAGAUACCGAACAAGACUUAUCAAUAUCAAAUGAUUUUUUUUUUUUUGUGGACUGAAUGUGAAAGAGCAGUGCUCCUUAAGUAAAAAUUUAAAAAAAAUAGAAGCCAUACAAGGAACUAUCUUACGUUUGUUGAUUAAAUUAUACCAUUUAUCUGUCUGUAACUAUGAAGCUGCUAGUCUGCAAGGAGAAAGCUGUUUGUCUUAGAGCUUCUCCCAGAAUGAUUUCAAAGUGUAACUCCCAGGUCUUUCUGGAGAGCAGAUGCAAUUGGUGGCUUGAAGAAUAAACAUGUGAAAGGAUUUAUAAUUAAUGUAGAAUGUAUUUUGAGGAAACCUGUAAAACAGCUUUUGCCAAGAGUGAAGGUUCAUCUUGACUGAAACAGUAUGGGUAAACCAUUGAGCAGACCAGACUGUUUAAGGAGGAACCCUACCUGCCUGGGGAAGGGGGAGGAUGAGGAUGGCUAUAUAGAGGAUUGCUAUGUUCCACAGCGAUCUAUAUAUGAUACAAUGAGGAUAAAUGAACAGAUAGAUCAGGGGUCAAAGCUUAAUCAGACUUCAAAAAGCACCAUGGAAAAGAUGGAAGGUAGUACCAUAUCUAGUAAUGGUACAUUAGGAGCAGCAUCGAAUGUUUUUGAAUCUAGAGCACCAGAAGGCAAAAAGCUGGAUGAGAGAAUAAUAUUUGAUGCCUUAAAACUAAGCAAUGAUGUGCAAAAGUCAGCACCUGUGCCACCCAGAAGGCGGCCAAAUGCAGAACGCAAAGACAAUGUUAACAGGAGAUCAUGGAAAUCCUUCAUGCCACCUAAUUUCCCAGAAUUUGCAGAAAGGAUGGAAGCUUCUCUUAGUGAAGUUUCAGAAGCUGGUGCUUCAAAUCCUUCCUUGCAAGAGAAGAAGGAAUCCAGUUCUGCAUUGACAGAAAGCUCUGGUCAUUUGGACCACAGGGAACCUCAGUCAGAGUCAGUAACUCUGGAACAUGUGUCCAAAUGCAUGGCUCUGCCAGAAGUGCAAGAUGUGAAAAAUGGAAGUGGAGACUGCCAGGACUUCAGAUUCCAGCAGCACAGUGAGAGCUCUCCACAUGAAUUCCAGCCUUUGGUAUCAGAAGCUGCAUCAGCAAGUGGUAACACAGAUGAAAUGCAGGAAUACAGAUACUCAAGUGCAACCUGGCCCAGGGCCAUGAAAAGUUCUGCUAAGGGAGGUUUCAGUGGGAAGCAGCACCCACUUGGAGACCCAGUCUGCACUGUGGAAAUGCCACCCCUCUCUCCUUGCCUGAGUGAAGAGCUGUUAGAUCCAGCAUUACCCAUUCUCAUAACUGCCAGCCUGAGAGAGAAAACAGAGUCUGAACUGAAGUUUGAGGAGGAUGAGCGGUGGAUCAUGAUGGAGGCUGAAGAGGAAUGGGAGGAAGAGAAACUGUCAGAGACGGGAGGAAAGACUCUUCUAAUGGCAGAUGAGAAGAACAGCCUGGCAGACAUUUUUGAAGAAAGAGAACAAGCAAACACAGUAGCAGUGGUGGAGGCUGUAACUGAUUGCUUAGCUGCUGUCUUGGGGACUUUUGACCAUGUAGCCAUUGAUCAGAUUUCUUGCUCUGAAGACUCACAGCCAGCUGGAGGUCAACUGGCUUCCUCUCCCAAGGAUAUACCCCUGGAUUGCAGUUGUGUUUUUGCAGGUGAGGGUUCAAUUGAUGAGAUGAAAACCAGAACUGUUCAGGAGCUAGAAGAUCUUGUCUUAGAAUUAGAAUGUCCUGUUGAUGCAGAGCAGCUCUCUGACACAGAUUCAGUACAGAUGUUUCUUGAACUUGAAAAGGAGUGUUUAUGUGAAGGUACUUCAGAUGAACUACAGAAUGAAGCCUCUUCUGAAGGGCUGGCCUCAUCCCAGAAUGCCGAAAAUACACUUAUAAUUAGCCAUUUUUCAGGGGCUGCCUUAGAUAAGGAACAGAACACAGACCUUUUAAAUAUAAAAGUAAAGGACCAUGAUAUUGGAUUGGAUUGCGAAUAUAUUAAUACCCUGGAUUCUUCCCAGGUACCUAAUGCUGUGGAAUUUACUGCCUAUCCUGAUAUAAGGGACAUUUGCAAGGACUGUGAAAAAGUGCCUUUUAACCUUGGGGGUGUAGGGAAAUAUAAGUCUCCAGGUGAUCUGGAAUCACUAGGCGAGUUGGACACAGUAGGAUUUCUGAACUCUGAUCAUAACACUUCUUGUGAAGAAAAAUUAUCUUUUGCUUCUGAAGUGGUCAAAGAAAAUGGCAAUUUGUCCCAAGUAGAAUGCAGUCAAAAUGAGGGGAAUGUGGAAGAGACUAUUGAGAGGUUCUCCCUUAGUUUUGCAUUUAGAUCUGAACUAAGAGAUGUUACCUCAAGACCUGAAAUAGAGGUGUUGUCAUCUGAUUCAAGUUUAUUAACAGGUGAGAUUCAUUUGAAAAGUGAGAAAGAAGCUAUUGAUAAAGAAACUAGCAAUGUGAUGUGCUUGGGAAAUGCGGACUCAUGUGUAUUGUCCACAGAAAAAGUUUGUGAUGAGGAGGACAGUGAGGCAAAAGAGCUGGAUUAUCAAGCCAAGCUCUGGGGGAGUGGAAGCUUCCCAGAGCAAAUCUUCCAGGAUCUCCAGAGAAAAUCUUUAGAGGCAGAAGUUCUGGGUUUACACCUGCUGACUAGAGAACUGAGACAUAAAAGAGAUGGAGUGGAAGCUAUGAGUGAUAAAAAGCCUGAGCUGGACCUAGCAUCAUCACAGAGAGAGGAAAGGGAAAUGCGAGAUUCAGAUUCAUGCCUGAAUGUUUUCCCAGAGGAACCGGUUACCAAAGCUAGUAAUACUGAGCCAGUUUUAGAGGAAUGGACAUCUAACCAACAGAUACGUGCCCUGACUGUUACAGAGCCCACCCUAAAAGACAUCUCAGUUAUUGCAGUGUCUGCCUCAAAGGGGCCUGCUAUCUCAGCUGCUGCUAUAGAGACCUCAGUGGAGGACAUCCCAGUUGCCUCAGUGGCCACUAUAGACACGUGUAUCCCAGCCACUGAAGUGGUCACCUUAGAAGAGGAAGUCACAGCUUUUCCAAUACUAGCCUCAGAGAGAGCUGCCCCCCUAACUAUUGCAGUGACUGCUCCUGAGGGUCCUGUUCCAGCUGCUGUAGUAUCCUCUCUAGUGAAGACUGCUCUAGCUGCUGCUGCUGCAGCCAUCACAGAGGAGGAUAUGUCAGCUGUUGCAGAGUCUUCCUUAGAGAGGACUACUUCAACGGCUACUGUACCCAUCGCAGAGGAGGAUGACACCCCAGAAGGGCUUGGCACUCUAGCUGCCUCAGGGCCCAUCCCAGAGGAUCCCGAUUCUCCAGUUGAUAAAGUUUGUGAACCAGAUCCUUCAGGGCCAGCUGCCACAGAGGAAACUGCACUGCCAGCUCUUGCAGGGCCCACCACCCCAGAGGAGCUUGUUGCCUCAAAUACUGCAGUGCCCACCACCCCAGAGAAGCCUGCUGCCCUAACUCUCGCAGGGCCUUCUACCCCAGAGAAGCCUAAUGCCUUAGCUGUUGCAGUGCCCUCCCCAGAGGAGCCUGAUACUGCGUUUACAGAGUCUGAUGCAGAGGACUCUGCAACCCCAGCUCCUUCAGAACCCACCCCAACAAAGCCUGUUAGUGUAUUCACCCCAGAAGGACCUGCUAUCCCAGCUGCUGCAGUGCCUCCUUUGGAGGAGGUUUUUACCACUGGUGAACCCUUCCAGGGAAGUACUGCCCAAACUGAUUCAGUGCCUUUCUCAGAAGAAGGAACCUCUUUUCAUGAGGAGGCUUCCCUCACUGAAAUGAGGAUCAAGGAAGACCUUGAUUCUUCAGCAUUUGGAAUAAAAGAAGUGACUGGCACAGCUCUACAUGAGAAAGUUCCUUUGGCUGCAACUGAUGGAUUAAAUUCAAAUGAGGUAAUUGUUCAUUUUGCUGCCAGAAAGGAUCUAAAGAGUAAAGUGAGAUUUACAAGAACUCUAACUUGGUGUUAA